AUGAGUUCUGACAAGGAUAAUCAUACGAAUGGGAAGAAUAGGAGACGAAAUGUUGCUCUAGCCUGUGAAGGCUGUCGUCAGAGGAAAAGACGAUGUGAUGGAGCUCAACCCGUGUGUGGUAUUUGCCUGAAAAGAAAGACUACUUGUGUUUAUAGUAAGAGAUAUACAAGAGCCCAUGCGAAUGCUGAAUAUGUCAAGAGCUUAGAGGAAAAGCUAGGUAUAUUACGAAAUGAUAUACCUAAAUCUGUCGAUAUGAUUCAGUCACCAUCGAUUGUGAGUGAAGGUUAUCAGAAAGAGAAUGCAGAUAGUAAGGAAUUAGUCACCCAUUCGUCAACCCGUUCUCAAAGCGUUUCACAUUCCCACACUUCUACCUCAGGUUCCUAUCCAGGAUUAAAUCAAAACUUGCAGAAUUCGAAUGAUUCUGCUAUUCGAAACAACGAAGGAACGGCUAACUUUAGAGACGAAGAUAUGGCAACAGAUGCUAUGGGAGCAGGCUCCGGAGCAGUUUCAAAUAAAAAUAGAGAUAAAAGUUUCUUCGGUAGAUCGGCUGCUAUGUCAUUUAUGAAGGAGCUUUUCGAAUCGGUUGAUCAUGAAUCAAUAGAUAACUUUGAACCAGAAUCAGUAAAAUCAAUUACAUAUAAAAUGAGUAGGCAUGAGAAGGAGAGAUCUACUAUUAGCUUGUCUAGAAUAGUGGUCCCUCCUAGAGGUGUGGCUGAUGGUUAUGUUAAGAUUUACUUCGAAAAUACAUAUCCACUUUACCCCUUUGUUCACAAACCAACAUUCAUGUCCGCGUAUGAAGAAAUAUGGUCAAGCGAUACAAACAAUUGCGAAUUAGAUGAAUUAUUCUAUUGUAUUUUAAAUAUUAUAUUUGCCUUUGGGUAUCAUUUAUCACCGUUGGAAGAACAUUUAGAAAGCAGUAAAACCACAAAUGUGUACUUUGAGAGAUCACAAGAACUUUUGAAGUUUCAUUUAAUGGAUGCCGGAUCACUUUUAUUAAUUCAAGCAUUGUUACUAACAGGACAGUUUUUACAAGCCACGACGCGACUGGCCGGAUGUUGGAAUAUUGUUGGGCUGACAAUACGUAUUGCUCAAAGUUUGGGACUCCACAUGGAAAAGAGUUUAUCACCUCAGAGAAGCUACAUCGAACAGGAAAUUGAGAAAAGAUUAUGGCAUGGAUGUUUAUUGAUGGACAAAAUAGUUUCUAUGACAUUUGGGAGGCCUUUGAUGGUCGUCGAAGAUCAGGCAAUGAACCCACCUGUUUAUAUCGACGAUGAAUAUGUUCAUGAUACCAAUAUAAAUUAUCCGCCGAUAGAGAAACCUUCGGUUUUGAGAUUUUUCUCCGAGACUGUGAAAUUAUAUAAUAUAAUGGCCGAUAUAUUAAAAUUCUUUUAUGCUGAUCCCGCUCCCGAGUACAUGGAUUUAUUUGUGGGCAUAUUUAGCUUCCAAAAGCGACUUUAUGUUUUUCAAGGUAAUAUUCCAAACUAUAUCAAGUUUGAGAAUUGUUUACACGAACCACCAUAUCUACAUCAGAGUAUUGUUCUUCAAAUCAGGUAUUUACAUUUGAAGAUCAUGCUCUACAGACCUGUCUUAUUUCCGAUGAACAGAGAUGAAGUUUACACUAGUGGAAUAAGCAGUAUGGAACUAUAUGUGUCCAGCCAGAGAUCUAUCUCAGUAUUGUGUAUCAAUUGCGCGAUGGAGUUAAUUCAUUUGAUUAAAAAGUUUAGAUCGGCUGAUUUAACUUUGCUUCCUGCUAGCUGGUAUAACGUUUUUUAUAUCUACACAGCAGCAUUGAUUUUGUUGGCUGCAAAACUUCAACCUGGUCUACAGGACGAUUUGGAUAAAAUAAAGUUUGAACUGUCUUGGACUAAUGUCGUUGAAUUAUUAUCUUCCUAUGAAUCACAAUCAAAGUCUGCAGCUUGCUGUUUGAAGGUUCUAGAAAUAAUGGACAAUAAAAUCAAAUCUGUUAAUCAGAAGCGAUCGAAGCAAACUCGUGAUGCUCAUCAGCCAGAAGAAAGCUAUUCCACUGCCAGCGAAUCCGAAGUCCCUACGGAUUUUCUUUAUUCCUUGAUGUAUGAUACUGAAGGUCCUUUUGGAGGUCCUUUUUUCUAUAAUAAUAAACUUGAUAGUAUAAUAUAA